AUGUCUGAUUCUGAUAGUUCGAGCGCUAAGAGCAAAAAAGGACGAAAAAAAGAGGCAAAACGUGUCAGAGAAAAUAGCACUUCCGAUGAGAGUAUUAUCGAUAAAAAUCCCGUAAAAAAAGGUAGAACUAAUGGUGGCAGUUUCAAGAAUGCUGAUGGUGAUGAGAUGUUCGAAUUGGGCAAAAUGCGUUUCGUAACUGUGCGCUCUUUCAAAGGCAAAUCAUUGAUUGAUAUUCGUGAAUAUUAUCAAGAUAAAGGUAGUGGUGAACUAAAACCGGGACGUAAAGGUAUUAGUCUAUCAGGAGAACAAUAUCAGCGGUUGAAGGCUAUUAUGAGUGAUAUAGACGAGAAGCUGAGUAGUGCCUAA